AUGGGCAAUGAAUCCGUGGUAGAUCAGAUAGUGAACAGCCUAUCGUUUGAGGUGGAAGCAGUGCCUCAGGACGAUGACAAAUUGGCCAGCACUUCGAACACAACACCUCUAAAUGUAAAGAUAAGGAAAAUGGGCAAUGAAUCCGUGGUAGAUCAGAUAGUGAACAGCCUAUCGUUUGAGGUGGAAGCAGUGCCUCAGGACGAUGACAAAUUGGCCAGCACUUCGAACACAACACCUCUAAAUGUAAAGAUAAGGGUACGAAAGAAGAAUGAAAGUAGGAUACAGCAUGGCGUGCUAUCAGUGCCCAAGUUUGGACGCCCUGACGCGCAGCCAGAGAGAAUUCGAGUUAUCAGCAGCGACCAGACUAUUAUGUCCUUCAAUAUGUCUAUGGAAGCCAAUUUAGUGAAGAAACCCAAAAGGAAACCUCGCAAGUCGUUGUUCGCUCGUUGCUUAGGAACUCAGUAUGAUGAUGAUGAAAUGCCCUACGCACCAAGUACUGCAUACAACGCUAAAGUAUCUGACGCAAAUACUACAAGCAAGUCCGACGGCGUCAUAAGGCAAAACUUCACUCUUUCUAAAACUAACUACGAUAAUGCUGAUGAUCUACAAAUACAUACAAAGAAACAUGGCAUACUUGGGAAGUGUAAACCAGGAGGUUGCCUAGAUCCACCUUUUGGCGAAGAAAAAUACUCGUAUGAACCUACACAAAAAGUAACACUAAAAAAAAUGCCCGGUAUUACUGAGGAUAAGGUUGAGAAACCUAAGAAGAUCAAAGUAUCUACAAUGGUUGCUGACCAAAGAAACAUAAAUAACUCAAAUGAACUUAGUAAGGAGAGUAUUGGAAAUAAAACGAAAACAAAAUCUCAAGAUGAAUCGGAUAGUAUUUUAAGUCUUUAUAACAACUCUCUAGAGGGUUCUUUAGACUCAAAAUACUCUGACACAGUCAUAACUUAUCCUCCACUUACGAACACUAAUAGUAAUGAAAAGAGUUUAAGAAACAGAAUAAGCAAUGAAGAAAAGCCUAGAAAAUCAUUUGAUGAUAGCAUAGAAGCUUUCUUCAGUUCAAAAACUAGUCGGUUAAAUGAAAAAAGCAGCAAUGAUGCUGACGAUGGGAAAAAAGGAAAAGCUAAAGUUAUCAUACCGGUACCUAUACCGAUACCUUUAGGACAUGUUAAAGAAUCUGAAAAAACGCAAAUCUCAACGCAAAACGUUCCAGAUUCUGUAACCAAAAAGGGCACACUAGUGGAAUCAGAUUCAACUGUAAUGGAAGAAGUUAGUGAAAUGUUGGAGACAAACGAUGCCAAAUAUAAUUAUUCACAAGAACACACGCCUUACACUAACAAUAUUGUUGCACCACAAAAGAAUAAUGAAGAACUCAAUGCUCAAUUGAAUGUUACAACAGCUGAUCCAACAGUUAAAUCUCAAAUAGAAACGUCUGGCAUUCAAACACGUCCAGUUGAUUUAAUUAAGCCAAAUAUAGUUGAUACCCCCGAAGACAAACAUGAUAUAUCAUCAUACCAUGAAAAGCAUGAUGAAGUUGAUUCAUAUGAUGAUGAUCAGUCAACAGUAAAAAAAUCAAGGACUUUACCCAAUGAAAUGCCAAUUCCUGUGCAAGAAAAAGGCCAAACUAAAGAACACAAAGUGGCGGAACCUCUUUCACCUUCGGGUGAUGAUCACAUCAUGGCUUCAGAUUAUGAUGUCAAUGAUAAAAUGCAGGACGACAAUGGUUUAGAUGAAUAUAAAUUGACAUUUCCCGAAAAAAACUUACUAGAUAAAGGUAUCACCCAAUUGGAAACCGAUACAAAAGCUAGUAAACAAAAUGAACAAUCGAAAGGAACAAUUGAAUCCCAAUCUGCAGUUGAUGAGGUUACACGUAGUCGUCAAAAUGAGCCACGAGAGCAUGAGAACAUUCAAGAAAAUCAAGACGUAAUUUCUGGCACCGGAGGAAGUAUGAUGGACGCUCACAAUUUGGUAACUGGUCAUACUGCUAAGCCUAAUGAUCAGAACGAUAAUAUCAGUAAACAGUCGGCGGCUGAUGACGCGAUGAGUUCAGAUUAUGAUAUGAAUGAUAAUGAACCGCCCGAAAAUAGGUUAGAUAAUAAAUUGCCAUUUCCCAGAAACGAAUUACCUUAUAAAGGAAUAAUCCAAUCAGAAAAUAAAAGGACAUCUAACAUAAUCCCUUCUGCUAAAGCUGUAAAUGCCAGCACCAAAGAUUUUUCAGAAACUGAUAAAUAUUUCAUGGAAAACAUGGAUGUGGAUGAUACCGAACUAGAUACAAAGAAGCCAGACUUAAAUAAAGACUAUGUAAAAAAUGAAAAUAAUAAUAUCAUUUUACAAGAAAAUAGUUCAAGUACUGAUAAAAAAAUAUCGCAAAGUAAUAAAAAUCUAUUACACAAUGUAAUAAGCAAUGACGAUGAUAAUUACGACGAUACAGAACCAAGGAAAUACAACACAAUUUUUGAAUCUUCCAAAGAAGAUGAUGACUUUAGUCCACUAACAGAUCCUCGUUAUAACGGACUUGUUGAUGGAAUACCAGCUAAUAAUCUUCAAAAUCUUGAUACUGCAAUACAUUCGUCACAAUUGGAACAGUUAAACAUCUCUAAUAGCAAUGAUGGCCUCGAGAAUUAUAAGAGUUUGGUCCAUAAUUUUCCUGAUGACAAAGAUAAUUCCGACAAAGAUAUUGCAAAUAAAAUGUUAAAUGAAAUAAAUAUAUCUGAGAUGCUUACAAAUAGCUCUGAAUUUAUGGAACCUAUAACGCGAUCAUCGCUAGAUGAACAAAAGAUUAAGAAAAGCAAAUCUAUUAUCGAAAGUCAAUCAGUAAAAUCAGAGCGAAAUAGUAUUAAUUACUCAAACUCACUAAAAUACAAAUUCAAGACUAAAUCAGAUAUAUCUAGAUCUAAUUAUAGUGCAGAAAAGAAGUCACCACAGGUAGUCUCCAAAAGCUCCUUAAAGAAAAACUCUAUAUCUUUAGACAUGGCAUUCCAAUCGUACAUGAAUGAAAGAAGAGAAAGAAUUUUCAAAACUCUCGAUACAUCCGUAGAAGCUGUAAGAUACCCUAAUGAUUCAGUAACGGUCUUACAAUCUCCCUUGAGUGAGGACUCUAAUGAGAUUCGAAUACCGAUAGAUUUGGAGAAUAACAUGACAAUACAAAUUCAUCGAACCAAAAGUCCUACGCAACGUGUGCAGAUCCUUAAACAAGAACCUGUCGCUCCGGAUGUUUCAUUUCCCACAUUAAAAGGAAAGCAUGGAUUAUCAGAUUUCUCCAAAACAAAAUGCGAAGGUCAGUCAAAAAGGUGGAAUGGAAAAUUCACUGGCAACGAAAUUUCAAAUAUUUUGCACUCGGUGUAUGAACAAGAAUUAUUACCGUUGCAAAAAACGAUCAAAUACAUGAAGAAAGAUGUUGAUUUCCUGAUCAGUCAACAAUCAACACUCGUCGAUAAAUUAAUUAGUUCUAAAAGGACAAAACCCUUUCGAUUGCUGAAGGUCAAUUCAAGAUGUGUAUGUUGUAGACCGAGGGUACCAAAAGUGGUGGAUCUGCAAAGGGUCUUUUGGUCUGGACAAAAAUUGGGGGUCCGUGGAUGUAAACGGGGAGGUCCCACGAUAGCGACAUGGGAACAGUCACAAUAAAACAAAGAGACAGUCCCCGAUGUAGAUCACUGGGUUCUGCUGCCCAGAACCGAUUAUCAAAGCAAAUCGUUAGAGACACAUUAAAGUUUGACACUUCUGACUUA